UCGUAAAGAAGAGAAAUCCCGCUUCUCUGUCUUUCUUCCUGAUAAAUUCGCACGCCUCUCUCCCCUCCCCUUCCAGUACAAUCAUGCCACUCUCCCCCUUCUUUCUCCAAUAAUUUACCCCUCUCUCACUCUGCCUGCAUUUCACUUUCCACGCACCAGAAGGGAUCAUUCUUUCACUCCUCCUCCCUCUUCUCUAAUGGCCCUCCCAUCUGAUGAAAAACCAGACAACCCCCACCUCCCCAUCUCCUCCAUCCCUCUCAUCGACCUCCGCUUUCUCUCUCAAGAUGAGAUCUCCUCCCUCGCCCUUCUCUCUCUACCCUCCUCCAAUCCCCCCCUCACUGACAUUGUAGUCCCGAAGAUUGAUCGCUCCAUUUUCAACGAGAGCCAAGGCUCUCGAAAACAAACCUACUCUCGCCUUAGGCUCUCUCACAAGAAACAACAACAACAUCAGGAGCUGCUUUCUCACGGUACCAACUCCUCUUCUCCGACUUCUCUCACUACUCGUCGAAGGGCUGGUCUUCUCUCUAUCUCUAGACCUUCUCCCACCUCUCCCAAACCUCCUGCUCCAUUUCCAAAGGACCCCGAUAAUGAACGAAUUGUUCAGCUCCUACGUGAGUUAUUUGCAGGUCAGGAUACUACGCUUAGGGCUUCAUCAGAGCCUAGUGUUGCAAAUGCUAGAGUAACCAACAAUGUGCAUUUGGGGAAUGCUAGGGUUUGGGGUGAGUCUAUUGCUAGGGUUUUGGGUCAACCCAAUGCUGGGGUUUCGGAAGGAGCGAAUUCUAGGGCUCUGGGGGGUGUUGGGAGUGGGGUUGAAUUGGGGUCUGCUGAUUCUAGGGUUUCAUCCAGUGGCAAGCAUGGCGUGGUUGAAGGACAAUCUAAAGUUUGUGAUCAGCCGAUCAAUGAAGGUGGUUCGCAUUGUGCUGCUGGUAAUGCAAUUAGGCCUUUUGAGCUUGGUGAUAGGGUUGUCGGGGAGGCCGUGAUUAGGCAGAAGAGAAGAGUUUCAAAGAAGGAAGAUGCUCGAAGGAAGGGCUUGAUGAGCUUGGCUGUCUUAGAAAAUGGCGAUAGAGGGGCCAUUGAUAACAAUGGUUCCUCUGAUUUCAAUCAGACGGGAAUUGGGUGCCAUGGAAAUGUUCGAAAUGGUGAUAACAAAGAAAAGAUGUUGCAAAAUGGUUUUGUUGAGGUUCACGCAUUGGCUAGUCGAGAGUUGUUCGUGCCACAUUUGAAGAAGAGAACUGCAGCUUUGGAGAAUGAAUUAGAAUUGGUUGAAUUCUUAGAUGGUUUGGGUGGGGAGUGGGUGACUAAGAGGAAGAAGAGGAAGAUGGUGGACGCUAGUGAUUUUGGGGAUGGGUUGCCUGAUGGCUGGAAGGUUAUAUUGGGGAUUCGAAAGAAGGAAGGCAAGCUUUUCAUAGAUUGUCGCAAAUAUAUAAGCCCUACUGGCCAGAAGUUUGCAACUUGCAAGGAAGUUACGGCUCAUUUGCUUUCCGAGCCCCAAGAUGGGAGUCUGGCAGUUUCUGCUCGUAUAGAGGAAAAUAUGAGUGGCAAUAGCAUGCGCACAAGACAGAUUUCAGGUGCCACUCACAGCUCAAUGAAAGUCCCAGCUCCACAAACAAAGGAACCCAAAUGCAAUGGUUCUAUCUCAAAAGACAGUGGAAAGCAAAUUAUUUCACAUCAAGUGGAUAACCCGAUUAAGCUUACUCUCGAGUGUCGCAAAUGCAAUCUGAAUUUUAACAGCAAGGAAGUGUAUAUGCAUCACCUGCUCGCUGUUCACCAGAGAAAAUCAAAGAGAUGUCGACUUGGUAAAUCCCUUGGUGAAGGCGUAUUGAUAGAAGAUGGCAAGUAUGUGUGCCAAAUAUGCCACAAGGUUUUCGGAGAGAAGCAUCGUUACAAUGGCCAUGUUGGGGUUCAUGUGAGAAAUUAUUUUAAGAGCCUCGAAGCCUCUCAAGACCAGGCCAUGAUUGAUAAGCCAAUUGCGGCAUCAUCAUUGGAUGUUGGCAAGCCACAAAUUUCAGAUGGUAAACAAGAAAACAGUAGCGAGAGCAUAGAAGGUGAUGGGAAUUCAGACAGAAUGCCAUCGGAAGAUAAUCUUGGAGCUUUGUUGAGUAAAUCUAGUGAUGAGCCAUGUGAUGAUCUCAAGAUGGCUACUACUGACAAUCUCAAGAAGAUUAGCGAAAAAAGUGAUGUGGAUAGUGAUGAAAAUUGUGGAGUAGCAUUGGUUACCGAGCAUAAUGGUGGAAGUUCUUGUGAAACUGGACUUUUAUCUUGUAAUUUGAAGGGAACCAGUACGAUUGGAGAGAAUUAUAAAUCUGGCUUUGAGAGGGAAAGCAGUACUGGGAAUGGGUCGGUAAUUGAAUCUUGUAUUGAGCAAACUGGUGAUCUAGGGACUUGUGAAAAUGUUAUGUCAGUUUUGAAGAGAAUUGCACUUGAGGAACGGGACAAAGCCUGUAAUUUAGAGGGUAGUGUGUUGGAAAGCUGCUCCAUUGAAGCUGGAAAAGAUGCAACAUUGAGCACCGUUGAUAAUUUGGUUGCUAAUGGCGAUGAAAGAGGCGUUACACGGAACAAGGUGUUGGGUGACCCAUCAUCAGCUCUGGCACAGUCAUCUGGCAAUGGAGAGUUUCUGUCUUCUCUUAACAUGAUAUCAGAUAAGCAGGGGGAAGACGAAUUCAGCAGUGUAAGCCACAAAUUCGAGAACAUAUCAGGCUUUGACGAUCUAAAGCUUGAGGACAUCAGUCCUAGCAAAUUCAGCUACGUUCCAGGGGAACAAGACUCUAGUUCUUUAGCUGCUGGGCCAAUGGAUUUGGAUUAUGCAGAAGACUUUAUUCAGGAAGAGAUUGAGCCUUCUGUUCGCUUCGAAUGGGACCCCGUUGUACCAAAUAUGGGUGGCUACAGCCAAGUGAGGACCGCUACUGUCGCUGCAAUUACUACUGCUACUACUACCACUAUUUGUGUGUGGUGUAGGUCCGAGUUCAAUCAUGAAGGUCUUGGCUCAGAGGCUCAAUCAGAUUCGGUGGGUUUUAUGUGUCCAACUUGCAAGGCCAAGAUCUCUGGCCAACUCAACAAUGUAAUAGAUAAUGGGCUUUCUUGUCAGAGAUAGGUCUGUUGCAUAUUCUUUCUUUGUGGAUUUCUUAUGGGGCUCUUUACUUUAUUGAAGAGGCAGGCCUAUUAGGGGGUACUUUUGUGAAAUAUGGGGCGAUGGAGACUCAAUGGGAGGAUGAAAUUGAUGAGCUUUUUUGAUUUGAAA